AUGGACAAUCGCUAACGUACGUUUGUUAGUCGUCAUUGCACUAAAUGUCGACCCGACGUCGAUCUCGACGUCAUUUAGUGAACCAAUAGAAUUGGUGCGUGUGACAGCAUGUGUGUUGUUCAUUUUGUGGUGCGCAAGUACCGAACCCGCAUGUAUGUACACCUAGAAAAGGGAAACGAAAUGGAGUCGUUGGCUCGCUGCUGAAUCAUUCGAUUCUCAGAAUGGCGGCAAGGAGCCAUAUGUCAAUGUUGUUCCGCCAAAAGUCCAAAGUUGUGUCUCCAGGUGUCGCGAAAAAUCAAAACGACGUUCCAGCUGAUUCCACGGCCGCCAGCACGCUUUCCAAACUUCCGGAGAACGCGGAGAAAUCUGCCACACCUCCGUUGGUUGUCCAACCGAGUUACACCAAAUUGUCGGAAGGUUUGCGCAAAAACACGCCGGCCAGCGUCAUUUGUCUGGCCUUUUGCGGCGGAAGAAAAUGCCGUUUCGACACGAGUGAUCGCUGGACCGCGGAGGAUAUGGCCGUCAAUGGACUUUAUUCUCACUGGAUCACCGAAGACAUUUUGGCUAUGGCCCGUCCGAACGCCCAACUUAUCCAGAAAAAUGAUAUCGUCGGCCAGUUCAUACGAUUGGGAAUCAAGACCAUCAUCAAUUUACAGACGGCGGGCGAACAUUCACACUGCGGUCCACCGUUGACCUCGUCGGGAUUCUCCUAUCUACCCGAAAGCUUCAUGGAGAAAGACAUUUUCUACUACAAUUUCGGAUGGAAAGACUACGAAAGCGGUUCGCUGGAGGGGCUACUGGAUGCGGUAAAGGUCCUUACUUUUGCCGUUAAUCAGGGCAAAGUGGCCGUUCACUGUCACGCAGGUUUGGGUCGGACUGGAGUGCUGCUCUGCUGUUACCUCAUUUACAGCCAACGGUUGCGAUCGGUUGAGGCCAUUCGCCAUGUUCGCCGGAAGCGUCCUAAUACAGUUCAGACAUCCAGUCAGAUUAUGAUGAUUCAGGAAUUCGAACAGUUCCUUAUAAACUGCUUCAGCGUGUUUAGCACCAGGUUUUUCCUAUUUUUCCAAACGGCAUUCUUUCUCCUUUUUUUUCCUAAUGAAAUCAACUUUUUUAGCAAGGCUGACGUCAAGAAUUCGAGUGCCAAACACCCGUUCACUCUUUCGCAUCACUUGGAGGACCAGAAAGAAGUUCUCCAUGGCUACGAAGCCAGAGCUUUGCGCUACAUUCCAAAGAUCAUUUACGUGAUAUGCGAGCGAUUGCUGUUUCUUUGCCGAGCAGAUCCGUCCCCAACGCUCAACUUUUGGCUGGACGAAAGUCGACCGCCUUUUACUCGCUCCUUCUUCUGUUUUCUCGAUGACCCCAAACAACUGACUUAUCAAGUCAGCGGACACGAACGAUGGGAUACUUUGGACGAUCUGAGAUUCAAAGAUGGACCAAACGCACCACAAAUGCCAGUCGGGCAAACGAAUUGUGGUUCGUUCUUCAGCUGUGAUAGUACCCAGGUUAUUUUCGAAGAGAUAGUCAACAGUCUACUGGCUAACCCGCCAACAGAUUUGUUGGCCCACCCAACGGUUAAAGAUUACUGCUUAACGCUGGACGGGCGCCAAUCAGGUUGGAAGAAGCUCUCAUCCGAAAGAGAUCCUAAAAUCUUGAGCCGGCUACUCUUCUAUUGGCUUCUGCACUUGAAAAAUCCCAUUUUAACCAACGAGGAAUUGAGCAACAUCGUCGUUUACGCAGACAAACCAGCAAUCUGCCUAUCUCGUUUCGAUCUCGCGACCCGCUACACUGUCGAGUAUCUACUACGAUUCAUCCAGCGACUGUGUCCGACCGCGAAUAACGCCCGUUUCGAUCUGAAUCGCCGACUGGCCAGCCUUCUGACGCAACAAGCGGUCGACAUUCGCGGAAUCUAUUUCCCAAGCGACGGGCGGAAGAGAUUGGGUCAAGGAACGCUUGCACAGCUGCUGCAUUUCCUCAAUUCGGCUAUCGAGUUAUUUGUUAACGAAGUUGUCACGAUUUCGGAAGAAUCGGCUAGUUCAAUUCAAGAGUGAUGGUAUUUGUAUUAUUGUUCCUUAAUCAAACUGUCAAACCAAAAUUUAAAAAAAAAGAAAAGAAUAAUACAUAUACAAGUCUUUAUGAUAUUACCGCAAUACAGGCAAUAUAUCUGCGAAAGGUCAGUUUGUGAACGUUAUUGAUCGACUGCGGCCCAAGCCAUCGCCACGUCUAAAAUAUAAAUUGAAAUUAUGCGAA